AUGCCAUAUCUUAGUGCUAUGAGCAUGGCCUUUGCGAAUGCCCAAGUGCCAUGUGAAAGACCAGAGACCACGCUUGGUGUGUCACAGGACAUUGAUUGGCAUUUCGACGUUCCCAACGAGCAUUCCAACCAGGCUCGCCGCACCAACAUUGUGCGAGUCACCCGUCCGGAGCCAAGGAAGUCAUUGUGGGAAGUCAGAGUGCGAUCGGCUCUCGUACAGGACAACCAUCUCGUGUUUCUGUUAUUUCACGAGCGCAACCUCGUGUCGCACCAUGCCUACAAGGGAGCUAUUGUCGCGGGUUUCCAUGAGGUGUGCAAGGAUCUGCGUUGGUCAAAGGUGGUUUCGAUUCAAGAUAUCUGUGCCGCACUUCGAGUUGUUCUUUUCGCACGCCAGCAGGUGACUUGUGGCAUUGUGGACAUGCUGGAGGACAGGGCAUAUGCCGAGAAGUAUAUUGAUCCAAAGACGGCCGGGGAACCGGUGCCCUCAAAGAAAGAGUGGAUCCAGAAACUCUUGGCCAAGCCUGGCGACAAGGGGACCAUGCUGUGGCACCUGAAGCAGCAACUGUUGGGAGAAGCCUUGCAGAUUUCCAUGGAGAUCUCGAGACUGGACAUCUUGGAGCCCUUAGCCAGCAAGCACGAGGCCUUCGCCCAGCAGCUGCUGCUCCUUGGAAAAGUGCGGUUCCUGCUCAAGUUCCUGUCAGCCAAAAGGCCUGCGCGGCAGCUCAAGGUAGCGUCUUGCCGUGAUGCGAUUCGUGAGUCGGGUCAGCACACGCGGCAGGCAUGGGACUCUGCAGAGAACUUGGAGAUCAUGAAGGAUGUUGCUCUCGCAGCAAUCAAUGCCGUACCUGCUGGAAAGGCAUGGGAGUGCAGACGGAACAAGUUUCUGAUCUCUGACGGGCCUGUGCCCUGCAGUUCCGUUAUGCUCGGAAGUGGCACAGCCGAGCGACUCUUGGGCAAUGUACUGCAGGCUGGGCGACACCUCUUCAAGUGCCAAGGAGGUGCCUCCACUUCCAAGGAGCCCGCCACAGCUGCAAACUGCAAACUCGUGCUGGAAGCACUGAGGUCGUUGUGUUGGCAUUUGUGGGUGCUCUUGAAAGGCAUCUAUGCCGAGCUUUGGAAGGGCGCUGAGUGUGGAGUCCCAGAGUCGGUGACCUACGACCGGUCGGCAGAAAUCGACCUGUCCCACGAGUUCCCACCGGAGCAGAGGGAGGCACAGGUUGACCCAGAGGCACACCAUGCUUUCAAGCAGCAGCGUUUCACCGCCCACUGCACGUUUGCUUUGCAGAGACAGCUUCAAUUCAGGCAGGGAGCGGCGCAGGCAUUGGCGGAGGUGGCGAUGAAGUACUCCAGAGGCUUCAGGCCCGUUCUGGGCCCAAGGCUUGAAAAUGACAACAGGCUAGAGGCUGUAGUCACUGAUUUCCUGCAGGGUACGUUUGUGACAGGACGGUGCAUUUUGUUCAUCAUUCAUCAGCGUUCCAGCCACUUCUUUGAGGUGGGUCCUCAGCAAACGCUCUUUUCCGCGGCUCAGGCGAGUGGCCACACAGCAGUGGCAGAGGUGGUGGAAGAGGCUGCCACAGAUCUGCUGUUCAGGGAGUUGUCCAAGUUGACCUCGAUGCAGGAGGUUGAAGAUGACAUCGUGCAGCAGUGCUUGCAUGCAGGAGCUAAUCCCACUCGUCCGGGCGGAGCUCAUGGCCAUCUGCCUCUGCAGCAUUUGUGCAUUCAAGAGAUGCGCAAGCCUGCAGAUGUAUUCACAGCGAAGAAGGUUGCGCAGGCGGCAUCUCAGCUGGCAGAAGCCGCGCCGCUUGUCCUUGUCAUGGCCUUUGCAAGACCGGCAGCGAGGGCAGAAGUUACGCUGCCGCUGGGUGCGGCGGCGUGCAACAAGAGUUUCGGUCGAGAUAUCGUGCCGGUCCUUAGCUUUGCCGUUUCUCGGCUCUUGUUACAAAGGCCUGCCCUUGCCGCAGCGCCACUUCUGAAGGCCUCUGUUGAAGCCGCCCACAAACACUUUCCCAACGUUCCUUUCGUCCUGCCACUGGUUGAAAUCCUUCGUGCUGCUGCACCCUGCCUGGACAGCGCCAUUGGUAGCCAUGCGGGCAAGGAGGUGCAAAUAUGGGAGCCUCGCUGUGCCUACGAGAACUGGACACAGCGCAAACAGAGGCUGGAAAUCCUGCGGCCUAUGCUCUCCCAAGUCCAUGGCGCCGACGCCAGCUGCGAGCGGGAGGAAGCUCUUGCCAGACUGGCUGAAGUGGAAGCCGUACUGGAUAGAAGACGUAGGCAACAUUCCGAGCAGAUUGCAGAGCUGCAGAUGGCACUGGACAAAGCUCAGCGUGCUGCUGAGGAGGCCAGUGCCCAGGUGCAAGCUGCGCUUUCUCAAAGAUCUCAGCGUUCCUCGCAACUCCGUGCGGAGCUGCACGGCGAGGUGCAUGCUGAUGGGAAGGGUGACGUCGGGUUUGGCCAAAGUCCGCCAAACACUGGGUCGCCACCACCGGACGCGCCUGUGGAACUGUUACGAAAUAUUCGACAGCAGCGUGGCCUGGACAUCGACUACAGCACUGUGCCGCCGGCAGUGCUGCAAAGUGCUAGCGCCAUGCAGCGGAGCAUCGGGGCUGCUGUCGAAAGGCUGGCCAUCGACUUGUAUGCCUCUAAGGGGCACUUCCUGUUGGAGCUGAUCCAGAACGCGGACGACAAUCGCUACAACACCUCAGGCGCCGAGCCUGCAAUGACAAUGCACGUGGGCUCCGCUGAGGAGGG